UCCCGACAGCUGCGGCGGCGGCGGUGAUGCGCGGGAGGAGGCUGCUGCCGCCGGCCCAGCUGAUGGCGGCGGCCGGCGCCCGGGUGUGAUGCGCGCGCCACGGCGGGGCUGCCGGCUUCGCGGCGCCGAGGGAGCGAGCGGGAGCGAGCCCGGGGCGGAGGACGCCGGAAUCCGGCUCUGGCUGCUGUGCGGGGGCUCGGAUCUCUCUCCCCUCCCUUCUCUCCCCCCCCCCUCCGCCCCUUCGUUUGGUUCUCGCUUUGCACGUUGAAAGCCCCCCGACUCCGUCCCCUCCCGACCCCUGGAAGUCUUCCCGGCUCUAAAUGGAAUUAGUGGAGACCGGCGCCUCUGGUGUAAGGCACAGACAUGAUCCAUGGACGCAGUUUGUUGCACCUUGUAGCAAGUUUAAUCAUCUUCCAUUUGUCUGGCGCAACCAAGAAAGGAACAGAAAAGCAAACCGCCUCAGAAACUCAGAAGUCAGUGCAGUGUGGGACUUGGACAAAACAUGCAGAGGGAGGGAUUUUUACCUCUCCCAACUACCCCAGCAAGUACCCCCCUGACCGAGAGUGCAUCUACAUCAUAGAAGCCGCCCCAAGACAGUGCAUUGAACUUUACUUUGAUGAAAAGUACUCUAUUGAGCCGUCUUGGGAGUGCAAAUUUGAUCAUAUUGAAGUUCGAGAUGGACCUUUCGGAUUUUCUCCAAUAAUUGGACGUUUUUGUGGGCAACAAAAUCCACCUGUAAUAAAAUCCAGUGGAAGAUUUCUAUGGAUUAAAUUUUUUGCUGAUGGAGAGCUGGAAUCUAUGGGAUUUUCAGCUCGAUACAACUUCACACCUGAUCCUGACUUUAAGGACCUUGGAGUUUUGAAACCAUUACCAGCAUGUGAGUUUGAGAUGGGCGGUCCUGAAGGAAUUGUGGAGUCUAUACAGAUUAUGAAGGAAGGCAAAGCUUCUGCUAGCGAGGCCGUGGAUUGCAAGUGGUACAUCCGGGCACCUCCACGAUCCAAGAUCUACCUACGUUUCUUGGACUAUGAGAUGCAGAAUUCAAACGAAUGCAAAAGGAACUUCGUGGCCGUGUAUGACGGCAGCAGUUCUGUGGGGGACCUGAAGGCUAAGUUCUGCAGCACCGUGGCCAAUGACGUCAUGCUCCGCACAGGUCUUGGGGUCAUCCGCAUGUGGGCGGACGAGGGCAGUCGAAAUAGCAGAUUUCAGAUGCUCUUCACAUCCUUCCAAGAACCCCCCUGUGAAGGCAAUACAUUCUUCUGUCAUAGUAACAUGUGUAUUAACAAUACACUGGUCUGCAAUGGGCUCCAGAACUGUGUGUACCCUUGGGACGAAAAUCAUUGUAAAGAGAAGAGGAAAGCCAGCCUGCUGGACCAGCUCACCAACAGCAGUGGGACUGUCAUUGGCGUGACUUCCUGCAUUGUGAUCAUCCUUAUUAUCAUUUCUGUCAUUGUGCAGAUCAAACAGCCUCGUAAAAAAUAUGUCCAAAGGAAAUCGGACUUUGAGCAGACAGUUUUCCAGGAGGUGUUUGAGCCUCCGCACUAUGAGUUAUGCACUCUGAGAGGGGCAGGAGCUCCAGCUGACUUUGCAGAGGUGGCCGAGGACUUUGAAAACUACCACAAACUGCGGAGAUCCUCGUCCAAGUGCGUUCACGACCACCACUGUGGGUCACAGGUGUCCAGUACAAAGGGCAGCCGCAGUAACCUCAGCACAAGAGAUGCCUCUGUCUUGACGGAGAUGCCCCCCCAGCCCAUCAAACCCCUCAUCCCGCCCAUGAACAGAAGGAAUAUCCUCGUCAUGAAACACAACUACUCGCAGGAUGCCGCGGAUGCCUGUGACAUCGACGAGAUUGAGGAGGUGCCCACGACGAGUCACAGGCUGUCCAGACACGACAAAGCCGUGCAGCGGUUCUGCCUCAUUGGGUCUCUAAGCAAACAUGAAUCUGAAUACAACACAACUAGGGUCUAAAAAGAAAAUUCAAGCUAAACUCUUCAAAACACUUCAAGCCUAUCAACUAUUCUUGAAUUAGGUGAAUGCAUUUCCAUGCUCGAUAGUACCUUGAUAAAUUGGUGUAUUUGUAUGCAUUUUUUCAUUGGGAGAAAAUGUUUUAACUGUGUUUUAUUUUCAGAGAAGAACUAUUUAUACAAACAUGGGGACUGUGAAAAGAAAAUUCUAUAGUGAAUUGUGAAAAGUGGACGUAUUUCUAAAUUCAUUCCACUGCCUUUAUCCAAACUUAAGAAUUACAGACAUUUGUUAUUCCUUCGGCAAGACACCCCUGCUGCACAUGAUAUGUUCAUUUCGUAAUUUGGUUGCUGGCCACCAAGUGCUCCUUAGUUUUUAAAUACAUUUUGAGAUUUACCGGAAACUUGAAGACGAAAUUAGUUCCUGAUUCAGACUACCCCAAUGUUUAUUUUUGCUGUUAGUUUCACUUCGUUUCCAUGUUGUUUUAUGUCCUCAUUAUAUGAUUGUACGUUGUGUGAUAUGUGAAAAAUACGACUUCAGAUGAACUUUAUGUUACAUGUACAUUGUUUUCAUUAGAUAGACUACUUGAGAAUAGUGCGCUCCUGGGUGAUUUUGAACGUGCUACAGUUAAGAAGUGAAAAUAUGGACCAUGGGAGCACCAGCUAGAGGUUUUGUGGACUCUCACCAUCUAUUGUUGUAUUUUGAUUAAAUGCAGCUGAAAGUCUUGAGUAAAAAUAACUAGAUUGCAAUAAGAAACAUCUCAUUUUUUUUCUUGGUCUUUCCCAACCCCCCCCCCCCCCCAGUUUCCUUUUUGUUUUAUAUCAAAGGAAGACACUAAGUUUCAGAAAUCGUUUUUGGAAAUCAGGUAUUUUACCAUUCAUACCCUUCAAUAGAAAUGUUUUUUUGAUGAAGCACUUAGCAGUAUGACUGAAUUGACAGUGUGAGAAACUACCCUGCAUGUCAGUACUGGAUAUUUGAGUUGGGAAAUUAUCCUUUUUAUUAGACACAUUGUAAAAAGCAUGCAUCCUCAGUACUGCUGUUACACUUACAUUCCUUUGUGUCAUAUGCUUGCUACUUGUAAUUUUGAUAUAAAGAUAUAUAAAAAAUGUAUAAUAACUUCCUAACUUGAGUUAAGAAAAAUGUUUUCUUCUAUUAGAGUGAUGAAAAAAAACCCCACCAGACUUACAUAAGUGCACACUUUAUAUCAACUCUUUCUACCUGUUAGGCUCUAGGAUGUCUUUUAGUAUUGAGGCUUACUUCUCUAAAAUUUGAUCUUGAAAAUUUUAUGGAGUAUGUUCUCCUUUUAGAAUAGGAAAAUCUUUUUAAGUGCUUUAAAAUCACAAGUCCUCCUUUGCCCCACAUUAUACCAUUCUGAGUUGCUCUCAUACUGAGGCACACAAAUACUACCUGAAAGCUUACUAAUCAUGAUGUGUUUAAUAUAAAUAAAGUAAAACCAUAUGAUAUAUUUACUUGCUGUUGAAUUAUAUACACACUCUAUAAACUUUGAUUUAGUGAAUGGUACUUUUUAAUUAUCGAAUGUGUAUUCUUAGAAAAUAAACGUUAAAAAUCAGAAUUACUAUCAAUCUGCUUACCAGCAUCUCCCAAACUGUUGAAUUCUAUAGAAUUCUGUCUUUCUAAUAGCAAAGCAAUCUAGUCCAGCACAGUUCAAAGUUUGUGACCCAAGCUGGCUUUACAGACCCAUAGAUGAGUUACUUGCAUACAUCCCUGUUAGG